GCUGCACUGUUUACAUUAAAAGCUAUUUCAAACCCAACGUAUGUGUUGUGAACUGGCACUAAUCGAGGAUGAUGUGUCAGAGGAAAGAAAAGGCGCGGGGGGACGUAAGGAAUUGAAGGAGAAGCGUGGUCCUGGGGAAAGAGGAUCAAGGACACGCAACAGCGCUCGGGUUGUAUUUGGAAAAGAACAAGUGACGAUGCACCUGCUGGCACCAGGAAGAAAAAUAUACUUUGAUUGCCAUCUGAACCACACCUUAGCAAAAACACCGCGUAUCCUACUUUACGCCGAAACUCAAGUUACCGAGGGAGUGUCACGGUCAGAAAAUAGUCUAGUCAAAUUAGUUAGGGACAAGUAGACUGUUUAUUAAUAAUUUAUUUCACAACCGUAAGAAGGAAAAUGUUAUCGUAAAAAACAUGUCAAGACCUAGUAUACACCUGAACGUUGAUUGGAUCGUAACUGAAACCUCCCCGGCAGACCCUGACUGGAGUGAUAUCAUUGUGACAAUGGUUGGCAGGGAAGUUACCUUACCCUGUGUUGAUUGGCCUCUCACCGGUUCUGUGAGCAUUAAUUGGAAGAUGAAGUCUCCUAGCGUGGACCACUGGAAACGGGUCCUCUCGGCCAAUGAGAGGCAGCAGUUCUCGGGGGCAGCCUCAAAGGCUUCCAUGCGAUUGGUUGACUCAAACUUUCAGGAAACUGGGGACUUCUCUCUGCUGUUCAUCCCCAAAAUGGAGGACAAGGGUCGCUACUCCUGUCUGAUUAUACAGCAACAGAAGAAACUGAGAGAGAAGAUCAUACUAUUAGCCGUCCUCACAGUCUCUAUCUUUCCUUCAGCCACUCUCCCUCAGCACAGCACACUGCGUCUGAUGGCAGAAGUGUCCCCUGCCACCGCCGUUUCCGAGGUAACCUGGCUGUCCCCUGGUGGGACGCCCCUACGAUUGGCAAGGAGGUCAGGGGGGGGUGUUGCCAAGCUGCCCCAGAUACGCCUCACUGACCAGGGGGUAUACAUCUGCCAGGUGUACCCAAGGGGUAACAGCAGCUCCCCUAUGUUCCCCUUCACUGUGGACCUCCGCGUGGAUGGUAUGAAUGUGGCCUCGUUCACCAAUAUAAGCCAUAGUGCUCAGAUCUCUAUGGCCAGUCUCACCCAGACCCCUCUCACCCUCGCCUGCCCUCCGAUGCGGGGCGACUAUGUCCUGCUCUAUUGGAAGCCUCCAGACAGCAGAAACAUCAACACCACAACCCUGGUCUACGGGUACGACCGCUGGAGGGACCGCACAGAGCAGAGCAAGACUCAUGCCCAGCUGAGCCUGGACGGGCCAUUGUCUACCCCAAAAGAGGGUUUCUUCUCCUUCCUGCUGAGCCCGGGGCUGAAUGACGGAGGCCUCUACAUGUGUGAGGUCUUCCUCAAUGACAACGUGUUCAGCCAGAGGACCCUGCUUAGCAUCCUCCAAGUGAAAGCCAGACAUUCUCCAUCAGCCCUGGUCCUGACGUGUCAGUAUACAGAGCGCUCCCAGGUGAAGCGGGUGGUGUGGAGCCACCAGAACCAGAGUCGCACGCUGAAGUGGAGCUCCUCUGGCCCGGGUCACCUCAGCACCGAGGUCCCCCUGUCCCCCACCCAGGACACUGCUGGGAACUACACCUGCACCAUGCUACUGCGGAACGGACAGGCGGUCAAGGCUGUUUACACCGUCAAACUGCCCCCGAAAGACAACACAGAGAGCACUACUUCUAUCUCUCCUCCUCACCCAGAGAGAAACAGUGCCUCGCUCCUUCCCUUCCUCUCUGCUUCAUUGCUCCUGGUGCCCCUGGUUGCCGCGGUUGCUGGUGUGUUGCUAUGGAGACAGAAAGACAUUUCUCGCCGCGGUAUUGAACAGUCUCUCUCCCACUACUCUGGGGAAGUGGAAAAUAUCUAUGAGAAUCCUGAGGAUAUCAGACAGACUUCCCCCCAGGGUUCAGUGUACAUGGACCUGAAGCCCAGAGUGGAAGAUGAUGUCUACGAGAAAUUGGAUCGCUAAGAAUUAAAUAGCCCUGGGUCAUGCGUGGUGUGUGUGUGUGUGCGUUUCUGUCACAAUUUCCCAUCUGCCCUUCACAGGCCCUUUCACCCCCAUCAACUCUGAACAUCACUAUGACACUGUCAACCCGGCCCUGCGCGUCGGUAACAUAAUGCACUGACAGUGAAGUGUGUAGUUUUGGGUGUGACGUGCAGCACGUCAUGCAUGGGUGUAUACGUUUGUGUGUGUGUGUGUGUGUGUACCUGUAUGUGUGGUUUAAGAGUGUGUUCUCCUUUCAGAUACAAAUCAUGCAGCCUUCUGGAGACCUCCACAUCUCAGGAUUUAUCAGCAAAAUCUUGAAGCAAUAUUAUCUCACCUCUGUUCAGUACAUGAACAUUUACAGUGCCUUGACUUUUUUCACAUUUUGUUGUGUUACAGCCUAAAUGGAAUGCGUUGAGAUUUUAUGUCACUAGCCAACACACAAUACCUGAUAAUGUCAAAGUGGAAUUAUGUUUUUUGACAUUUUAACAAAUUCAUAGAAAAUGUCAAGCUGAAAUGUCUAAAGUAAAUAAGUAUUCAACCCCUUUGUUAUGGCAAGCCUAAAUAAGUUUAGGAGUAAAAAUGUGCUUAACAAGUCACAUAAUAAGUUGCAUGGACUCACUCUGUGUGCAGCAAUAGUGUUUAACAUGAUUUUGAAUGAAUACCUUGUCUCUCUACCCCACACAUACAAUUACUAUAUCUGUAAGGUCCCUCAGUCGAGCAGUGAAUUUCAAAUACAGAUUCAACCACAAAGACCAGGGAUGUUUUCACAUGCCUCGCAAAGAAGAGCGCCUAUUGGUAGAUGGGUAAACAUUUUAAAAAGCAGGCAUUGAAUAUCCAUUUGAGGAUGGUGAAGUUAUUAAUUACACUUUGGAUGGUGUAUCAAUACACCCAGUCAGUUCAAAGAUACAGGCGUCCUUCCUAACUCAGUUGCCGGAGAGGAAGGAAACCGCUCAGGGAUUUCACCAUGAGGCCAUUGGUGACUUCAAAACAGUUCAAGUUUAAUGGCCGUGAUAGGAGAAAACUGAGGACGGAUCAACACCAUCGUACUCCACAAUACUAACCUAAAUGACAGAGUGAAAGGAAGGA